AGUUGCAAAUAAAAGAUUUCCAUUUUUGUAUUCUCACUUUUCUUGCGAAAUUUUCCCUAAAGUUACAAGCUUGAUUAUAGUUUUCAGAAAGCUUGAUUGAUUGUAGUUUCAAUGGGAAAGAAUGAAGGGAUUUUGUGUCUGUUAUGUGGUUGAUUAAUGUCCUGAAUGAAUAUCUUAUGGAACGUCGAAAUUCCAUCUUUCUACUUUUGAUCACAUUAUCAUCUAAAUGAUUGGUUUUCUUCAUAUUGUACCAUUAUUCUAAUGGUCUAAGGGGUUGACCAUUAGUACUUUGGUGAAGUCCUUGGUUUACGAGUUACAUGAGUUAGGGUUAUUUCAUGCCUUUUUCCUGAACAGUUUGGUGUAGCAUUAUCAAUAUGUUUUAUCCUAUGCAAGUUGUUCGAGUUGAAGUUUUCAUUUCUGCUUAUUUACAGAGGGGAUGAGCUCUUUUUUUUUUUCUUUUUUUGGUGAUCAAACAGAGGGGAUGAGUUGAUAAUGGAAUUUAUGGGCAGCUGAACGGAAGUUCUAGCUCAGCCUUUUAUUUUUAUGACUUUCCUUUCCAUCUAUGCUCUAGUAAUUUAGAGGCAAGAGCUCAGUAUUAAUCUGAAUGUAAUUAUCCUCAUCAGAGUAACGAGACAAGUAUAAUGGAUACUGUAUCAUUUUCAUUUUGAGUGAACUGAAAAAUCAAUUUUUUUGAUUUUUUUGUCAAUGAACCCAAUUAUUGAAAUUGCUCAAGGUAGAUGUGAAAUAAAAAACGUUUGUGGUUACAAAAGAAGAGUUUUUGUGGUUAGUCAUCUAUUAAAUUAAAGUUUUAUGCUUUUGGUUUUCUGAAUACCCAUAGUUUGUUUUUGUUACUCCCCCUGGCACUAUGUUCUCAGAAAUCCCUACCAUUCUCUCCUCUUCAUAAACAUCUGGACAACAAUUGAAGCAAAUUACAUCAGGUGACAGCUGAAAGUACCAUUCUUCAUUUUGCCGAAUAGCAGGAAAAAAAAAAUUCAAGAAAGAGAUCGUGUCUCCAUCCUCAGCAAAAAAUACUUGCCUACUCUGGUGGGUCUCCGGGGGUGUACAAGAAUAUUCAUCUGAACUUGUUUCUAGUUAUAAUAGUUUUUGAACGAUGACCCCAGUUAGAUUCCAACCUGCAACUGAUUUAAAGAACAAGGAUAUUAUAUUCACUUUAUAUAAUUAGAUGACACAUUAAUUAAACAACAUGAUUUUAUUUUAUUUGCAUAAUGUAACCACUUUAGUUAAUGAAGUAGAUCUGAUGAGUAAGUUCUUAAAUGUUUUGGUCAAAUUCGAAUAUGAUUACUAUUUUAUAUUAUUUCCAAACUAUAGUUUACAGACAGAAGUAGAAGAAGUAGACUCUGGUGAUAGCUAGCUGGGCUGAGCGUAUUGACCUGAUGGAUCCAAGUUUAUAUCAAGCCAUAACAUCUGGAGAUCUGAAUUCUUUUAACAAUCUAAUUAGGAACAAUCCAAGUAAAUUGCUUCAGGUGACAGCUGACCAAGAAAAUACCAUUCUUCAUGUUGCAGCAAAACUUGAAGUAUUGCAAAUAGCAGAAAGGGUAAUAGGUUUAUGUCCACCACUGCUGCAUAAGCCUAAUUUCAAUGGUGAUUCUCCACUACAUAUUGCAGCAAGAUUAGGCCGUGUAAGAAUGUGUCGACUUCUUAUUAACUGUGCAAAUUUGUUGGAAGUUGAAGUGGAGAAGGAGCUACUACGAAUGCAGAAUCUUGACCAUGAUACUGCUUUACAUGAUGCUGUGCGCAAUGGUCACUUUGAGACUGUGCGUUUGUUGAUACAGCAAGAUUCACAGCUCACUCGGGUUAUAAACAAAGCCGGAGAAUCGCCAUUAUUUCUUGCUGUGGAUAGGAGAUCUUAUGAGAUUUCGCAACAUAUUCUUCAAGCUGCUCCUGCAGUAUGCUCUUUUAAAGGAAGAAAUAGCAUGAAUGUAUUGCAUGCAGCAAUCAUUCGAUCCACAAACGUAUAUUUAUACUUCAAGUUUCUUAGUCUCGGUUGUAGAGGAUCUGCCUUUGACCGCAUCAGGAAGUGGAUUGAAGUCGCAAAUGCGAGAAUCUUUUUCCCUCUAGGGGGGAUACUCGUUUAUUCAUUCAGUAUCGGACCAUCCAUAGCAGUCAUAGCAAAGUCUCUUCUUGUCAAACUCAUCAAUACUUUCUCUAAAAUAAAACUAUGUGAACCAAAUUACAACAGAUCUUUUACCUUUCCUUUAGAUUUCAUGCAUGAGGUAAUAAGAAGAUGUCCAUUUGCAACUUCUGAACGCGACAUCGGUGGGUGGAUUCCUCUUCACUAUGCUGCAUACUCAGGGUAUUCUGAAGUUGUUGAACUAAUGCUUCAUCAUGAUAUAUCCCUUGCUCAUGUGAAGGACCAAAAGGGCAAAGCUGUAGUGCACAUUUCAGCAAAAGCUGGACGUAGAAAUGUUAUUCGAAUGCUUAUAGAAACUUGUCCAGAUACUUUCGAGUUGUUGGAUGAUAGAGGCCGAACAGCUCUUCAUAUUGCUGCAGAGAAAGGAAGAAUCAGAGUGCUCAGGAUUUUGCUAAACAACCCCAUUCUUGAGUACCUGAUAAACGCAAGAGAUAAAAAUGGAAACACACCUUUUCAUUUGGCUGCAUCUCGAGGGCACCUUACAAUCUUGCGCGUACUAGCAACCGAUGGUAGAGUUGAUAAGGCGGCUAUUAACAAUGCAGGCUUGACAGCCCUUGAUAUUGUUGAAUCAAGUACACCGCCUAAAAAUUAUUUAAAGGCUCGAAUUACGCGUAUACUGAUUAAAAGAGGUUCUCUACCUAGUAUGGAACAAAGAGCCAUCGUAAGAAAUACCAAACAGAAAGCUAUUGAGGCACAGGAACAAGGCCAAUCACAAAAAGUAGAGAGUAAAGCACAGCCUGAAGAAAGUAAAUCACAGCGAGAUGUUAAGGAGAAGGGAAAAUAUAACUUAGUGGUAUCUACCAUCAUUGCAUCUAUCACCUUUUCAGCAAUAUGCAAUCUUCCUGGUGGGAACUACAGCGACAGCAAAGACAAUCAUCAGAUUGGCAAGGCAAUUUUGAGUGAUGAUAAAAAUUUCAAAAGUUUCAUUAUCAGUAAUUCUACCGCAUUUGGCCUGGCAUUUACCUCAAUACUACUCCACUUUCUGGCUUCUGUUUUAGCGAAGCGGCGAGUUUACCUUUAUGCACGCUUGAUAAACAUUGCCUUUGUUUCGAAUUAUAUAUCUGCUUUCGUCAUUCUCUCUGCCUACAUUGCAGGAUUAAGAGCAGUGCUGCCUAAGUCUUUAGCAGAUGAUACCCUAACGCAAUCUGCCGUUGGUCUUCUCGUACUUUGUUUUCUUUCCUGUUUACUAUAUGUAGGGUUCGAAAUUAUUCUCUUUCUAUCCUGAGUGUUAGAAAUUAUAAUUGCUACUUUGCUCUUGUAUAUAUUUAUCUUGACAAGUUCAAUACUCAACACUUCAUGUGCUAUUUCACUCUCACCAACAUGACAAGUCUGUAGAAAGACAAUCAUCAAGUUGGCGAGGCUAUUUUAGAAAUCCAUCUUAUUAAAUUCUGUCGCGUUUGGCCUGGCAUUUGGCUCAGUACUACUCUAGUUUCUGCCUUCUGUUUAUCAAUAUGCACGCUUGAUAUACUUGGCCUUCUUUACGGAUUAUGUAUCUCCUGGGCUCAUUCUCAUUGCCUACAUUGAGGGGUUCAGAGCAGUAUUGCCUAAAUCUUUAGCAGAUGAUAUCUUAAAGACCUCUGGUAUUGCUGUUCUCCUAUUCCAGUUUCGUAUGGUUACAAAACGAAAAGGUUAAUCAAGUCACUGAAGUAUCCAAGAGAUGGACAACAGUAAGAAGCAUAGAAGAGGAGAAUUUGCAGAAGAAGAAGGAGAAGAAGAAGAAUUG